AUGCCUCAAGCGACUGAGAGAUUGUAUAAUUCAGAUGCGAAAAAGAACCAUAGAAGCUCUCGAUUUGGCAAGUUACACGAUCUUGCCCGAACGUGUAUCGCCUCAUCAGCAAUCUUCACACGCCGAAAAAGCCUUGCGAUGCUCCCCCCUCCUCCCUUCCAGGACAAGUUCAACGGGUCCGCCAGCCCGCUUAUGCGGCUAUUGCCCGUCGAGAUCCGCGUCUAUUGGCUGCGUGAGGCAGAAGCCGGCGCUUAA